GCCUCCGAGAAGGGAGGGAAACUGCCCAGAAGUUUUCAACUGGGAAGUUUUGCUUUGCAGCUAGAUGGUUGGAGACAGCAUUUCAAAGCCUUGGGAAAUGCAAAGAAGGCAUUACUGUUGGGCUCUGACCCCUCACAUCUGAGCGAGGAUGACUUCCCUGGCGACUUGCAGUCCCUUUCGUGGCUGACCUCCGUGGACGUCCCUCGGCUGCAGCAGAUGACCAGCGAAAGGAUGGAUUUUGGCAUCGCUUCCCAGAAUGUGGCCCUGCAGCAGACAGGUGCCAUGCACACCUUGGGGCCCCCAAGAGCGACGCCUCACAUACAAGCCAGCGUGUCUCCAAAUAUUCUGGGACUCAACACCAUCUCGCCCCACGAAAGCGACAUCAGUCAGUACGUGGUGGGGGGGCAGCCGUCCCCCAGCCUUCAGCCGCAGCCGUCCCCGCUCUUCCCCCCUCCCUCCUGCCACACCCAGCAGAUCUUCACCAUCACGCACAGCACGCAGCAGUGCAAUCCGGUGACCAUCUACAGCAGCUCUUACGGCGCCCACCCCCACUUCUCUCAGCCCCGCCUGGCUCCUCACGCGGCCCAAGAGCUGCACACCAAGCACUACCCCAAGCCCAUCUAUUCCUACAGCUGCCUGAUCGCCAUGGCCCUGAAGAACAGCAAGACCGGCAGCCUCCCCGUGAGCGAGAUCUACGGCUUCAUGAAGGAACACUUCCCCUAUUUUAAGACGGCCCCCGACGGCUGGAAGAACUCCGUGCGGCACAACCUGUCCCUGAACAAGUGCUUCGAGAAAGUGGAGAACAAGGCGAGCAGCUCCUCGCGCAAGGGCUGCCUCUGGGCCCUCAACCCUGCCAAGAUAGACAAGAUGGAGGAGGAGAUGCAGAAGUGGAAGCGGAAGGACCUGGCUGCCAUUCACAGGAGCAUGGCAAACCCAGAGGAACUGGACAAGCUGAUCACCGACCGCCCUGCCGGCUGCAGGAGGCCUGGCAAGCUGGCGGAGGCCGAAGCGUCCAUGGGCAGCCAUGGGGGCCACCUGCUGCAGGUGCAGCCCCAGGCGAUGGCGACACUCUCCUUGCAGUCCGUCCGGCUUCACCGGCAGAUCCAGCCCCAGGCGUGCUUGGCCCCAGACUCGCCGGCCCCUGCACAGACGCCCCCCCUUCACGCUCUGCCCAGCGUCCACCACAGCCCUCUCCCUCAGCACCUGGUGAGCCGGGGCUCCGAUUUUCUCAACGUGAUGACGGACCUGAACACGGAGGUGGAUGCCCUCGAUCCCAGCAUUAUGGACUUUGCGCUCCAAGGGAACCUUUGGGAGGAGAAGGAGGACGACAGCUUCAACCUGGAUGCCUUGGGGGCCUUCAGCAACUCUCCCCUGGCGCUCUCCGACUGCGACCUGGCGCCUGCCAGCCUGCCCCCUGCCCCCUGUGCCAGCGACCACUCCUUUGCAGACUUACAGGUGACGGGUCUGUACACAACCUAUGCCACGCUGGAUGCCGUCUCCCCCACACAGUACCGGAGCCCUCAAGGGAACAAACCCAUCGCUCUGCUCUGAAAGCCC